ACAGAACACGCUGUGGUUAUUUAUAAAUGUGUAACCACCAGCUGCAUUUUCUCAUACUUUUUUCUCUCUUUCAAACACACACACUGAUAAGCAGCAAAUGAGGAAAAACCGCAGGGCUACAUACUUCUGCAGUUAUCUUCAAAAGCAGUGAUACAUAAACAACUGGGAUACAUAAAAAUAAUGAAAAGCCAAUUAAUCGGAUUUCUUAUGAGCUUUUGGAUUUCUUUUUCACUUGCUUUGUAUUUUCAUAGUGGAGAAAGAGAAGAGAAAUGUGUAAUUGAAGAUGUUCCCAGUGACACACUGGUAACUGGGAAUUACAAAGUACAGAAGUGGGAUAUGCAUAAACAUGACUUUCUUGACUCUGCUCCUGGUUUAGGAAUGUUUGUGACUGUUCUAACUCCUACCUCUGAGGUAAUUUUGUCAAAACCUUAUGGGCCAACAGCAACAUUUUCAUUUACAUCCUAUCUAUCUGGGGAGCAUGUUAUCUGUUUACAAUCAAACUCCACAAGACUUGUGGCAUUUGCAGGAAGUAAACUGCGUAUCCAUUUGGACAUUAGAAUUGGAGAACAUUUCCUGGAUGAAGCUGUUGUUCAAGCCAAAGACAAAGUGAAUAAAGUUAAUGUUGAAAUAGAACAUCUUCUUGAGCAAAUUCAUCACAUAUCCAAAGAACAAAACUAUGAAAGAGAACGUGAAGAAAAAUUUCGGAAGACAAGUGAACAAACCAACAGAAAUAUAUUGUGGUGGGCUGUUGUACAAACAUUAAUCCUUGUCUCCAUCGGAAUCUGGCAGAUCAAAUCUCUCAGAGAUUUCUUUAUAGCUAAGAAGCUUGUUUAAGUUUUACAAAGAUGCAAAAUUUCCUUGCUACCUAAUGCCUAAAAUCCAAAGAAACCCUGUUAUCUUUGAGAAAAUACACUGUAUAAAACUCUCAAGCUUGACUCAUCUUCUACUAGAGUUUUUACUCUAACUCUCUUUUCUCCAUUUAUAUGUAUCUGGCCUUCUCUUAAGUUUUAAUCCUUGAAUCUCACCUUCUAUCAAUUCCUUUUCCUCUACAGAUAUGAAGAUAAAUCUAGAAGAAAGACGAAAUGUCUAAGGCAGCAUUCAAGCUCAAUUCAGGAUUGUUAAAUUUAAAAGAGAAAUCUAAAUAAGAUGUUUCCAAAUACUUCAAAAUUCUCUACUUGUUUAGUAAUAUUGUUCUUAUUGUCAUGAACAGAUCAGUGUUUCAGCUCUGAUUGACUUAGUAGGAAGACAAACAAUUAUCUCUCUUGUGGUGAGAGCAUCUUGAACACAAUACCAACUUUUCCUCAGG